CUGGCCGUGAAUUGGGGCGGCAUGUUGCGGUCCGGCCUUUUUCGCUCCGGGAUGCGGCGGAGUUGGGCUUUGAGACAGUGCGUUUCGGAGGCUCGGUUCCCCGGGAAGCGGUGGCUGGUGGCUGGCCUGGGGAACCAUGGAAUGCCUGGCACACGGCACAGCGUGGGCAUGGCGGUGCUGGGGCAAAUAGCGCGGCGACUAGGAGUGGCGGAGAGCUGGGCUCGUGACUCUCGCUGCGCUGCUGACCUCGCCCUGGCCCCGUUUGGAGAUGCCCAGCUGGUACUGCUCCGGCCACGGCACCUCAUGAAUGUCAACGGGCGCAGUGUGGCCCAAGCUGCGGAGCUGUUUGGACUGACUGCGGAGGAGAUCUAUCUGGUGCAUGAUGAACUUGACAAGCCCCUGGGAAAGCUGGCUCUGAAGCUAGGGGGCAGCGCAAGGGGCCACAAUGGAGUCCGUUCCUGCAUUAGCUGUCUGAACUCCAGUGCAAUGCUGAGACUUCGGGUAGGCAUCGGGCGCCCCACACACCCUAGUAUGGUGCAAGCCCAUGUCCUGGGCUGCUUCUCCCCUGAGGAGCAGGAGCUACUGUCCCCCUUGCUGGAUCAGGCCACUGACCUGCUUCUGGACCACAUCCGUGCUCGAAGCCAGGGGCCACCAUCGAGCCUCUGAGACCAGUGGACAUGUCUGCCUGUUUGACUGCCUGCCGAUGCCCCGAAGCCCAGACACAGCCACAGGACUGCUACGACACAUGUGGUGGUACCCACUGUUUAUAUAAUUUUUGGGUUGCCCCAGGUCACUUGCAGAUUGAAAGAGGAACACUGGCCACCAUAGUCUGUUUCUGCGGUGGCUUGGUCUCUCCGUGCACUACUUACGUUGUAGGAAAGGCUUAGGAAUGGUCAACUUUCUGAAUCUUUUGAGAGCGCCAGAUGGAUAGCUCUGUGAGAUUAAAAGAUGCUUGCUUGAAAUCUGCAGUCUCCUGGGGGCCGGGGACUAAGCCCUUAACCCAUUCCUUACCAAUGGGGUGGGGACAGAAGGGUCUCACAAACCCUUUCCCAGUGGUAGCAUAGGUAUGCCUUAGCCCGUUUUCGUCAGGCCAUUUUAUAGGUGGGGAGGAUCAGCAAGGUCCCACCAUGUCCGUGAAGCCACCCAGCUACAGCAUGGAAAAACUAGGGCCAGCUGUCCCUAGUUAGCUUGCUGUCCCCAGGGUCCCUGGCACUCCUACCUCAUUAGUGUUCUGUAACUGGCAGAUCCCCAUUCUGGUGACAUAUGAGAGCAACCUGAGGUCCUGAGGGUUGGGUGGGAUGUGGACCCGACGAGGCACUAGCCCUAGAUCCCCAGGCUUGUAGGUUGUGAUGGUGGAGAGCUUCUGUAGCAGGGACGUGGCCGCCUUCUUGGAUACCUGGGUGCUGAGUUGGCUGUGGGAAGGAACUUGGGGUUAUCACCUCCAUCUCCACAAGAGGAGGCUGAGAAUCUGAGAGAUUGGAGAGCCGGGGUCUGCUAAGUCCCUAACAGGGCUAUCUGCUCACCUCUCUUUGGGUGGGCCUUGGGGCUGCUGGUCCUGGUGGCGACCCACACUGAACUGUGCUUUUGAAAACACGGCUGAGCUGAGCAGAGCCAGCAAUUGCUGCAGCAUCUCCUUGCGCUGCAGUUGGA